GCAAUCAUUUCUGCCAGCGUAAACACAAACCCAUGGACGCAGUGAAACCGUUUUAAUUUGAGUUCACGGACUUGCACAAGUUGCACGUUAUUAAGUUUUGCAGACAUUUUUUUAAACAGUAUCUGACACACUCACAGAUUAGAACACUGUCUAUAAGCUCUAUCAGCAAGAUACAGGUAUGAAAUAGAAGUUUUAACUGGUGUCGGUGUGUUUUAAAAAUGCAUUUCCUUACUUUGUCGUGUGGUUUUAUAUAUUUAUUCAAAUUUAUUGAUCAAGCGUACAAUUUUUAUCAGUCAUUAAUAUGCCAGGAAACGUAAUAAUUGAUUUAAAUAGCCUUUAUAAGUCGUGAGUUAGUUUACAGCCAACAUUUAAAUUAAAUACCUUGUUUUUCGAUUCCCCAUCGAAUUUAUUUAAAACACAUGCCAUGCGUUUGUUUACUUGUGUUGACCAUCAAUAGUGUGCUACAGUUGAGUAAGUUAUACCUAGCGUGUCUCUGCAUUUUUGAAAUUUUAUUAUUACUCUACUAGUUUCUUAAUAAGGCGCAAGUGAUUGAUUAUUGAGGACUAUAAUUGACUGAUUGAUUUUAUUGAUUGAUUUUGUGUAAUUGAUUGAUUGAUUGAUUAACUGACUUUAAAACAACUGAAUACAGAUACCAGCUUAGACGAUGAUCAACAACCUCCUUCAGCCCCAAAUCACUAACCAGCCUGGAGUCGGGCCUCAUGACUUCACACAACCGGUUGUCUUAAACGUGUACUCACCAACGCUCGACCAAAACCCGCCAAAAUCCGACACGCCUCAACAUUUUGUGCUCGACAACUCUACAGCCGGUCCUACUGACGUCAACACCAGCUGUUGGCCAUUUCCGGUUUCAUUUGACGGGGCGGGCAACUCGUAUCUGACCAUCGGUCCUCAAUAUAAUACCUCACCUCAAUCAGGCAGCGGUGACGUCCCUUAUGACCUGGUGCCCGACUUCACGUGUGAACCUUACCAAGCUGGUUUCGGAGAGGGCAACAUCAGCAACGACAGCAACACGUCCAUAGCAUCCACUAACAACAACCCGAGCGCCAACCUACUUCCGGAAAUGCCUGAGCACCAACAGGAGGUUGAGAUGAUCGGCUCUGAGAGCGGAGCCGACGGACAGUUGCUGCUCCGAUAUGAUGAACAGGACGAGAAAAUCAUUAAAGCCACGUUGAAGUCGGUUCAGAGCGGCUCUCUGACGCCCCUGAUUAAAGAAGAACUAAGAUGCACUAUCCAGAGUCGGAGACUCGCGGAAGGUAAAGGGGAGCUGAAAGUAGAGUUUAAAAGUCCGCCCAGGAAAAAAGAUGUAAGUUAAAUAUUUUAUGAGUUAGUGUCAAUAUUUAAGUAGUCUUUAAUUUGGGGGAAACUAGACCUGGGUGGGGCUUAGCAACAAUGGGCCUUGACCAUGGGUGGGACGUGGCUACUGGUGGGACUUGACCACAGCUUUGAUUUGACGACAGGAAGGAUUUGACCAUACACUCGUGGAACUUGAUCACAGUUUAGAUUUGACUACUGGUGGGAUCUGACUACUGGUGGGGUUUGACUACUGGUGGGAUUUGACUACUAGUGGGGUUUGACUACUGGUGGGAUUUGACGUCAGGUGGGAGUUGACCACUGGUGGGACCUGACCACAGAUUCCCCCCUUUUUAUGGUCAUAUUUUCUAUUGUCCCCAAAGAAACAAACCACUACCCAAUUGUUGUAGCAAAAUUAUACUUUGUUGUUGUUGUUGUUGUUGUUGAAAACAUCUCAUUCCAAGUGGAAUUUAAAAAAAAAAAACUGAAAUGACCUAAAAUAAUGAACCCCAUGAGCACAUACGACGUUAAAGUUAGAGGCACUCUUCCCACACUUUAAAAACGUGUGAACAGCCUGUAACUGCCCCCCCUCCUCAAGUUAUAGCUACCCCCUUUGUACCCUGUACUACGCCUUUUCAUACACAGAGGUGUGUCGCGAUGUGUCGGGACCCACGUCAUUCAUCAAGACACACAACGCCGAUAUUCUGUGUCAACACAGGCUGUGAAACAUUGAUUUGUGCUGAACACCGCAACACAGGCUGUGAAACAUAUAUUUGUGCUGAACACCGCGUUAAACACCGCGUUAAACACGGCGUUAAACGACACGUUGAACGACGAUAACCUUUCAAAGACAGUAUCGGUCUGACAUAAUAGGAUCCAUCAGCUGCGAUACUUCGGUACAGUUAAGCCAUAGACAAUAAUUAGGACGAAUCCAUUGGGGCUGCAAUCGAUCCAGAGUUCGGAAUCGAGUACAGCAUUUGCCGGGGAAGCGUAUCGGAAAAUAGUUUCGUCCGGGCACCAACCUGUGACGUAGUCAGCUCAAGGCAGCUACUCAUUGUAUUAUGUUGGACUUGUAUGUCAACUAGGGGGACCAAAUCAUGAACUGGAAAAAACGGGACACACCCAAGCAGGGUUGGGGGGGGGGGUGGGAAUACCCUUCCGUUAAAGAGGCGUCCAGGGGCCUCCGCCGGAAACUGUUUAUUGAAAUAUGCUCAUUUGAACUACUAGGAGACCUAGAAAUCUUUUCAAAUUUACCUUCACUUUUGUCAUUUAAUUGAAACUCUGAGGCAUUUCAUGAACGAAAACAAUAAUUUUGCAGUGGAUACUUUUCUGUUUACACAUAUUCUACAACAUAAUACAACACAACAAAUUAAGUUUCUCUAGUCUAGGAUUUAAAUUGAGGAUAUUUGGCUGUUGUCCCAGCCAUUGUUAAAACCUCCUUCUCGUCUGAUAUGUGACAAUGGGUUUGGUUUUAGAAACGGGACAUUGAGGCGUCCCGACUUUUUCGGGACACCGGGUUCGAUUGUGGAAAAAACCGGGACAAUUCCGUAAAAGUUUUGACCGGAUGUUUGAUCACCCGUAUGUAAACCUACAUUGGACAACUCACCUUGCACAACAUGCAUGUCACCCUAACCUUCAUUUCGUUAUCUCACGUAUUGCAUGCACUUCUCUCUGUCACAUGCCUCACAUAGUCUCUACCAAGAACACAGGAAGGGUGCUAUGGGGCGUAGGAAGGGGGUGCGGUCCACCAAGACCACAGGAAAGGUGCUUUGUGGCGCAGGAAGGGGGUGCGGUCCACCAAGACCACAGGAAGGGGGAGCGGUCUGCCCAAGGGGCACUUUUUUUCUUAAUAUUGAGGGGCGGAGAUUUCUGCCAAACGAAGAAUUUUUUCAUUGAGGGGGCGAAGAAAUUCUCAGCAAAACACAGAACAAUUAAAAGGACGUUUCGGAAAAAUGCCUCCUUAAGCAGACAAGACAAAAAAUAAAAUUAAAAAACACUCAGUUUUUAUGUAUGAUCCCACCCUCUUCUCCAUGACCCCAGCCUCUACUCCAUGACCCCAGCCUCUCCUCCAUGACCCCACCGUCUCCUCCUCAAUGAAUCCACCUCUUUUCCUCUAUGCCCAUACACUCCAUCCCUAUAAAUGUCAUUAAGAACUGACCAUGAUGUCAUUAAGUACUGACCAUGAUGUCAUUAAGUACUGACCGUGAUGUUAUUAAGUACUGACCAUGAUGUCAUUAAGUGCUGACCAUGAUGUCAUUAAGUGCUGACCAUGAUGUCAUUAAGUACUGACCAUGAUGUCAUUAAGUACUGACCAUGAUGUCAUAAUGUACUGACCAUGAUGUCAUUAAGUACUGACCAUGAUGUCAUUUUUUCAGAUGACGGAGGAUGAGAGAAAGAGGGCCGUCAAGCGGAGACUACAGAACAGGGAGGCAGCUCAGAGGUUCAGACAGAAGCAGAAGGAUACCUCGGAUUACCUCACAGGGGUGAGUACUGGUCAAGGUCACCUGCUUGGGGGGGGGCUGGUCAAACUUCCUGUCCACACACCUAACUACACACAACUCACUGUGUAUGUCACACCACACGACGCAUCUCAUUACACGUUUACUAUCAAAUCUUUACACACCACAUUACACAUUACAGUGAAUGAUAGUGAGUUGUGUAGUGUAUGAUAGUGAGAUGUGUUGUGCAUAAUGGUGAUAUGUGUAUUGAGUUAUGGAGCGUGGAUAGAGUGUACGUACGAUAACCAUCUUGUGAUAAUAAACACAAUGGGAGAACUUCGGCCCUGAAUACAAUAGUAAAGAUAGAUAAGGAUAUGAGCUGCUGUUUAAUAGUCUCAAGUUUGUAUUGUUUAGGGCGUCACUGCAUGGGAAACACCUUGUGUACAUUUAGGGCAUCACUGCCCAGGUAUAUCAUGUGUACAUUUAGGGCAUCACUGCCUGUGUAUAUCAUGUGUACAUUUAGGACAUCACUGCCCGGGUAUAUCAUGUGUACAUUUAGGACAUCACUGCCCGGGUAUAUCAUGUGUACAUUUAGGACAUCACUGCCCAGGUUUAUCAUGGUACAUAAAUAGGGUGUCACUACGUGGCUUUGAUCGACACUUUCAAGGUGCAUCGCUAGAGAGAACAGUUCGAUCCCGUUUUGAAAUUUAAAGGACGUUUUGAGAAGAUUUUUUAUGAAGCGUAGGUCCCCCGUCGGAUGCUCGCCAUGAACUGUUGGAAUGCGCUGUGCAUAGACAAUUAGAACUUUACGGUAAACCAAAUCUUAAAGGCAAUGCAUGAGAUUGAAAAAUAGACUUGUGGUCUGUGCUCAGAACUCAACAGUGAGUCUUGUGGUCCGUGCUCAGACCUCACAGCCUUGAAAGUGAGUCUUGUGGUCCGUGCUCAGAUCUCAUAGGCCUGAAAAUGAAUCUUGUGGUCCGUGCUCAGAACUCCCGGCUGCAAUAUGUAUUAACACUUUAUUAACAGGGAGAUUCUGUCCUGGAACAUGUCCAUAUCUGUAACUUAACCCAAAGUUGGCCUUGAACUUAGAAUGGGACAUAAAAAAACAAAAAAAAACUAUGGAGGUAACUUCUUCAAUCUGAGUUAAGACAGUGUCACGCUUGACUGGCAACCGACGAAUGUUGCAAUGUCUACUAGAAUAUCUACAAGUACAUCUAUGACAUCCCUGUCCAAUUACGGAUGUAGGUAAACUUUGAUGUGAUGAACACAUGUACACAAGCCUGAACCAACACAGGUAGACACACCUGGGCCAACAUAUAUGUACACAAGCCUGUAACAGCACAUGUACACACGCCAGAACUAACAUAUGUGAUAAAACAUGUACCGAAAGUUUUACAAACAUUUGUAGUAACCACGUUACCAACACAUACACACAUGUACAUAACCAUGGACUCACAGAUGUACACGAUUUCGGUGUCGCUCCUCUGACCCCGGGGUUGGGGCGAUUGUCUCUCUUAGCCCCCCACCCCCUAUUAGCACGACAAUGGGCAAACCUAACAACAGGAACAAUUAUUUGAUAUGGCCUUUAAGUAUACAAUACUUGAAUAAUAGCUCAGUGGCUCUCAAUCUUUUGGUUUUGUGGUACCAUGAUCAUUGUUCGAAAACUUUGCAGAAAAUAUUUUUUUAAUUUCAAAUUGACCCACAACCCAUCCACUUUCAAAGUCAAGUUGUGUGUUAUUUCUUCUCUCAAACCCACGCUUUAAUUGUUUGAGGACCAUUGUAGCUUUAAAAAAAAGAAUAAAUAACGAAUUUCGGUUCACCUGUUGUGUUGGUCCGUUACGUCACGGACUGACACCGGAUCUAGAUAACCCACGGGCUGUACUGUUUAGUGUCGUCACCCUACCCUUGGGGGUUUUCUAACUACGUAGGACUCACCACCCCAGGCUGAUUAGGUGAAGGCGUAUGUGACCAGGUCGAGAGAGGGAAUGGGGGUGAUAAAUCUGGGUGCAGGAGUGGGGCAGGGUGGGCAUGAUUAUCUCCUUGACCCGGCUAGAGAUUUAAUCACAUUUAAUCGAACCAUUCCUAGUUGUAAACCACUGAGAGCAAUGUAACCCCAGUAAGAAAGUCGUCUCUACCCGGCUAGAGAUUUAAUCACAUUUAAUCGAACCAUUCCUAGUUGUAAACCAUUGAGAGCAAUGUAACCCCAGUAAGAAAGACGCCCACCGAAAAGUCAUUUUGACGGAAGUUGUAGUUUUGACAUUUUUGUACAGUCAGCUAUUUUCACAAUAAUUAUGUUAGACAAUCCAUGAUCGGCCAUCUUUAAUACUAGCCCCUACCCACAGGCUUUACUAGGGUUGGUGUAUCGUUGUCCGGCCCUUACCCCUCUAGUGACGCCACUGGUCCGGCCCUCACCCCUCUAGUGAAGCCACUGGUCCAGCCCUCACCCCUCUAGUGAAGCCACUGGUCCAGCCCUCACCCCUCUAGUGUAGCCCCUGCUCCGGCCCUCACCCCUCUAGUGAAGCCACUGGUCCGGCCCUCACCCCUCUAGUGAAGCCACUGGUCCAGCCCUCACCCCUCUAGUGAAGCCACUGGUCCAGCCCUCACCCCUCUAGUGACGCCACUGGUCUCACCCACAGCACAAGUUCUAUUGGUUUGAUAGUUGUUGACCUAAUUUUUUUUUAUUUAAAAAAAUAUUGAAAAUCACAUUCUGGUCUUUCAACAGAAAAUUCGCCGCCUAGAAAGCGCCUCCAACAAUCUGAUCUCUGACUUGAAGCGGUUGAAGGAGGAACGAGAUGAACUUCAAGAGAUGCUGAAGAACCACUUGUUGGUCUGUACGAGUCACGUGCAGACCACCAUCAACGUGAACCCCCAGCUUGAAGAGUUCCUGCAUGAUCUCCACAACCAACCAGCCCCAUCGGCCAUCGCCAAUACUCCACAGUGCCUGGACUCUAGCGACUCGUGCGAGUCUGUCUUCUUCUUGGAGGACGAUUCUCACAUCCCUCGGCGCGACACCCACAGCUAUGACAGUAUUAUCAUUGACCAGAGCCAGCUGUGUUUCGAGGGUGGUAUGAUGGACGAUCUGAACGCCCCCAUUGAUGUGUUUUACGAGGAGGUUGUCGAAGACGAGUCCCAGUACUCUGUUGGAGAUCACAACAGCAGGUUGGAUUCUAUCUCAAGCGUGGGGGCCACUUCGUCUCAUGGUUCCUAUUCGCCUGCCAAAAUAUCUCUGAGUGGUUCUUCCAGCAAUUUAAGAGACAGCUUUCAGUCUGAGAACUCAAGGACCCACACAAACUCGUCCUCCUCCGACAUGCUGGAUGCUGUUUACAUGGAGGAGGACUUCCUCUUACCCGAAGAUUUUUCAUCUUGACACAGAAAGGUGUUGGACCCAGACCUUCAGUGAUAAGGGCCUUGACCCAGAACUUGGCUCAUCUGUUACAUGUAACAAGUGGCUCUGUUGAUCCAAUCUGUUUGGUUGUUUCUAUCUUACUAGCAAAUCAAGCACAAAUGACAUACCACUAGACUGAGCUUAACAAAUAAUCAAAAUUGGUCUUAGUGGAUGAACUAUAGAAACAUAUGGUCGCAGUUUAUGCCACUGUCAGCAAUGGCGGAACUAAAAGGAUUAAGGGGUGUGGGAUCCCUUAGUUUUGAGCCAUAAAUGAGAAAGCAAUAUUUUACUAUUGGCCAUUACCCAGCCC